AUGUCCCGCUCAUACUUCGAUUCCAACAUGGAGAUGUUCUUCCCCGUCGAUGUGCCCUAUUCGCACGACCUCCGCCUGCCUUACUACCCUAAUGAGGUCUACGACGAUCUGCACAAACCAUCCCAUUUUCCCUCCAUGCCCGCCACGCCUCCCUCCGUCUCCACUGCUCAAGAACCCCCCAUUCCAACGGGUUCGGCCUCCGGUCCGUCCAUCGCCAGUGCGCCUUCCUCGGCCAUUGGAUCGCCAUACUCAGGCGCUCAGGUCUACCACGACAACUGGGUGAAUACCAACCACGGCCUCGGUCUGCCUUCUGCCGUCAUGAGCGACCUUUUUUCCAACGAUUACAUGGGUCCGGUGGACAUGGACGGGCUCUACCAGGAGAAAUUCCCCGAUGCAUUUGUCGACCCCUCCCUCAUCCAGCCCGUGGGCCAGCCCGUCCAGCAAUUCCCUCCCACCAUCGCCUACCCUGAAAACACCUCGGCCUACGUGCCCCACAACUUCCUCCCUCAUUCUCCUGCGACCUCACCCGUCCCCUACAGCGAUCAUGUCGAGCAGCACCAAUUCCCCCAGCUCCAUUCAGGCCUCAAUCCCUCGCUGGUGAUGCCGGGGCCGCCCUCGCGCCCCGUCUCCGUCUACGACCGCCGUUCCUCCAUCUCCUCCAUCCGCUCGCACCGCUCCCAGAACAGUCCGGCCCUCAGCAGCGUCGAUGCCGACGACAGCAAGGAAAAGGGCCGCUGCCCCUUCCCCGACUGUGGCCGCGUCUUCAAAGACCUCAAGGCCCACAUGCUCACACACCAGUCUGAGCGGCCCGAGAAAUGUCCCAUCGUGACCUGCGAAUACCACACCAAGGGCUUCGCCCGCAAAUACGACAAGAACCGCCACACCCUGACCCAUUACAAGGGAACCAUGAGCUUCAAUCGCGCCGACGUCUUCAAGCGCCAUCUCACCUCCGUCCACGCCGUCGAGCAAACACCCCCCAACUGCCGCAAGCGCAGCCCCACCACCUCCGCCAGGAAGGGCACCAACUACAGCAGCGAUGCGACGGGCAAAUGCUCCACCUGCUCGGCGACAUUCAGCAAUGCGCAAGACUUCUACGAGCAUUUGGACGACUGUGUGUUGCGCGUAGUGCAGCAGGAGGAGCCGUCCGAGGCAAUCAACCAGCAACGGCUGGCGGAGGUUGCCGCCGACGAAGAAGUGAAGAAAACCAUGGAGAAACACCAAUUAGUCGAUGCGGCCGGUCCGGUUCCCAGCUUGGAUGAUAACGACUCUCACGACGAAGACGACCUUAACGAAACCUGGCGAUCCGGCCGUGGCGCCGUAAAAUCCACCAAAUCCACCACCAACUCCUCCCGACCCAUCCUCGGCAACGCCAAUGCCAUCACGAAAAACUCCGGAAAUAAUACUACCAUGAAUGGCAAGCCGCGCGCCGUCGCAACCCGCCGCCGCAAUAAUCGCGGCAAUUACCCGAACUCCUGGGGUUGCCCGAACAGCAGCAUGAAGACCAAGAAGCGGGUUCUGUGCGUCUUUGACGGCCAGCGCCGUCUGUGGAAAGACGAGAUGAUGCUGAAUAACGAGUUCGAGGUGCGAUUGCGGUUGCCCGGUGGAGCGGGCGAUGGCACACACCGCGAUGCAUACGUCACCGACCUCGAUGUCGAGACCAUGAAGCGGGCUGAGGGUGUUCUGUCUGCUUCGGACGAGGAGCGCGGUCCCUGGAUGGCGUCUGCCAUUCCUGGAUCCCACUCACAGCUGAUGGGGCAGCCGGCGAUACUCUUGCCUGAUAUGGCGCACCACCAUGGCGAUGAUGAGAUCUCGAUCAAUGAGCUCAUGGCUUGA